AUGGCACGACUGAGGCGCCUAAGAAUUUUCCUUCUGAUAGCAAAAUCAAUGUCCUUGAUAAUUGUUCCUGGACACUCAAUUUGGAAAUACUUUGAAGGCUAUGAUUCCGAAGCACCUGGGACCAGUUCUUCAGAAUGGGAACUAGCGUCGUUCCAGAAAGAGGCUGAUGAUCAUCUAGCAUUCAUAGAGCAUGUAAAGAUAGGAGUAGAUCAGCUGAUAAGAACAGAAAAUUCAAUUCUGAUAUUCAGUGGAGGACAAACUAAAGAAUCUUGCGGACCUAUCAGUGAAGCUCAAAGCUACUGGUUCCUAGCAAAAGCUUUGGGUUUAUACGAAAACCAAUCAGUUGCAAGUCGUAUUCACACCGAAGAAUAUGCCAGAGACUCCUUUGAGAACGUGCUGUUUUCCAUCCUUAGAUACAAGGAAAUCGUUGGCGACUAUCCUAAAUCUUUGACAAUUGUUGGACUGGGAUUCAAGAAGGCAAGGUUUGUUCACCAGCAUUUUCCAGCCCUUAGUUGGGAAGGAGAGUAUGAAUAUAUAUCGGUCGGACCUACGUUACUGGAUUCAUUUUUCAGCGACUGCGUCACUGAAGCACAACGAAAGGAGAAAGAGGAAGCCUACUUCUCUGAUCUGGAAUCUUCUGAGAUGAAGUAUGCCGUGUCUGAAUUCUCCAGAGAUCCUUUUGGCAAGGGUCCAGUGUUAUCCGCAAAAAGACGACUAAGAGAUCCUUUCAAAAGGGGAUGCCCUUAUAGAGAUGAAAAAUACUUUGACAUGCUAGACUCUAAUUGA